CUGCCAACCACAUCGUAUACUCACCUGCUGUAGGAAAUUGCUGCAAUUCAUCCGUAAACUGCGUAUUUCCGGGUCUUUUUGGGAUAUUUUCCCGUCUUUAGAGCAGAAAACUCGAAGGACUUUUUACUGAGUCCAUUUGCGUAACAUCUCGGGUUUUUUGUUCGCCAGCUGUACUUGAUAUUUUUAUUUUGGACCUUUGGACGCUUCUUGUGUUUAAUUCUUGAAUUUCUGCUUGUUUCCUGGCUAAUUCCUCUCAAAAACAAUCAUCUGCCAUUUGACUAACGAUACUCCUGAAUCAUUCCCCACUAGUCAUCCGCUUCAGUUGGGUUUCUGGGAUUGCUCCGCAUACUCAAGCGAUCGGUCGGUUAUUAUUGUGUUAACCAGUUUUGUCUUAGCUUCAAUUGCCCUUUUUCCGAUUCCGGUUUGAAAGGUCUCACGCGUCUUUUUUUCCCCUCCACGUAACAGUGUCUGUCUUUUGUUCAGACAAACAUAUGCCUCUGGCUUGUGUCUGAUUGUAAUUCUACGUUUACAAUCGUCUUUCUCUGCUUACUCUAAUUAUUCUCUCUUGUUCUCUUUCAUUGUUUUUAUUCCAGCUUACACGUACAUUCGGUUCAAGCUUUUAUUUUUUGCGACACUGUUCAUUUCUAUCUGCAUACUAUUUUAUUUAUCGUCACAUUAGUUGAAACAAAGUCUUAUGAUUGAGAUUCAUUCUGCAUUGAAUCCGAACAUGCUUCACCACAAACUUGCAGCCGACAACAAAACGACAAUGGACUCUCGAAAGCAUGGGAAAUUGGCAACGCGUGAUGCGGCCGAAUCGAGUGUUUCUGGAGGCUCGGGUAUGAAGAACUUGCAUCAUGUUCCCUGCAAGUUCUUUAGACAGGGUGCAUGUACCGCUGGAAACAAUUGUCCAUUUAGCCAUUCUUUGGACAAUGAACGCUCCCCUUGCAAGUACUUUUUAAAGGGAAACUGCAAAUUUGGCUCCAAAUGUGCGUUAUCACACUCUCCCACUGCACUUCAAGCACAGUUUUCUGAACAAAACGGCUCGUUGAAAAACGAGACUUCUCCACAGACAAAUGGUGCGCGCCGAAUGGGCAGAAUGAGUCCUUCAAACAACAGCUACUUGCGUGCUGCUAGCUCAAAGAUGCAAAAUACGAUGCCUAGCAGCAAUGGCCGUGCUCGUUCUUCUGUAACGUAUACGGCACCUUCUGCCGAAUUUUCUCGUAUGCCCCCCAACUCGGGCUUCCUCACGUCUUUCGACAGCCUUUCCAUUUCACCGUCUCAAGGAACCACUUCACCCACUGUCGCAGCUGCGGCAGCUGCGGCAGUUGCGAAUACUGAGCACAGGGGUCUUUUAUUUCAGCAAAUGCAAAACUUUAUGAGUGAUGAUCAACCGCCUAUUGUUGGAAGUGCGAGUCGUCGUCCUUCGCUGCUUGGCAUCUCAAGCAGCGGUUCACCUUCAUUUGUUUCGAUUUCACGCGGAACACUAUCGAGUUCGCUCGACCAAAAACUCUCUGCAGUAUUCAUGCGAAACGCAGCGGCAGCACAACAACAAAAGGGAAACUCCGGUUCAAUGAGUCUGUCAUUUGGUACGGUGUUAGCGCGUGAUAGUGUGGUUGCGCGCUCAAACUCAAUAGACUUGCAGAGCCAUUCGACUGUGAGUGCGAGUCUGCCAACUCGUUCUGUAACUCGUGCACUCACAUACAAUGAUGGAUCUUCGGAUGAAGAGAACUACGGUAAUGGAGGCAAGAUUGCGAGUAGCCUUGAGAACAAUGGCUUGUCGUCGCCUCUUUUGGCUAAUGGCGCUUAUCAACGUCAGCGUAGCAACAAUGCUACGCCGUUUAUGCCUGCUAGUUCGCAUGCUAGCACCCUGAGUCCAGGAAGCAGCAGAUUUGGGGCGCUGUUUGAACGUGCCAAGGCAAACGAAAAGAAAUUGUCUUUACCGACGACACCGUCUUCAAGCUUUUCUGGUUCAUUCAUGGUAAACCAUACGGAUUACUUUUCUGAAAUGUGUAGUAUGGAAGCUGUUCGACCGGCGCUGAUUUCUCGUUUGGCAAGUGAGCCAUUAUUGAGCAACAUUCCGACGAAAACGCCUACGCACCGUACUCUGUCACCAUUCCUUGACAAGGGCGGAAUCACCGUGACUACAAGUCCUCUGCCUCUUGAAAACAGCUCGCGGAUGCCAAUGUCUGCGACCUCAUGGAAGGGACCUCCUGUGUUUGAGGAAGAGACACCCUUUCAAAUGGAUGAUUAAAAAUGCUGUUUCCUAAAGCGGGGCUUUCAAAAAAAGUGUUCUGUGUGUGCGUAUGUGUGGACAAUCAUAUGAUAACAGAUUUUUGUUCUUAUUUCCUUUGAUGCUAUUUUAUUUUUCAUGCUUUGCAACACUUGUCAUCAAUCCUGUUUUUGCUAUCUCCAUGACGUUUAUGCCUUUUUAACGUUUGUUAUUUUUUUGGUAACUGUACUUCAUUGAACGUUUUUAUGCGACCAAAACUGAUAUUUCUUCUUAUUAAAUGGUUCUUUAAAGAGCAGCAGCGCAGCAAUGACGAAGAUAACAUGCUGUAUCAGCGUGUGCUUGCUCUAAUUUCACACUUACACGUAAUCAACACACACCUAAAAACUUAGAGUCUUAAUGGCUCGUGCUAAUUAUCUUUUCUUUUCUUAUAAGAUCUUCUUGUUUCAAAUAACUCAUAAAGCAAUCGUUAAAGGGGGGAACGGAAUAAAAAGGGAAGUUGAAAGGGG